UUAUAUUAGUUAAUAUUGGCACCUUAGGUUUAGGUCAGACGUUUUCUUGCUCCCUGAGGAUAUCCUCAAGGGACAAUCCAUGGACCAGGAGCCCGCAAUUAAAGCUCAUAUGCAAUGUUACUGAACAGUAAGGUGCCAUGUCAAGCAUCAUGAAGUGACGCAGUUCCCCUCCUAGGCUACACGGUUAAUUGUAAAGACAAGGUUCCAGACUUGAUAUAAAACAUAACGAUCCCACCGCAUUCAGUGUAUAGCUCCAGACAGCUUCUUCACCUUCAACUCUCACAAUGAAGCUCUCUGGCUACCUCUGCGUGGCAGUUCUGGCUGUGGCCGGCCAGGCUGCCAAGGAUAAACCUGUUUACAAGGAUCCCAAAGCUUCUAUCGAUGACAGAGUUGAGGACCUUCUCAAGCGGAUGACGAUCCAGGACAAGGCGGCGCAAUUGAUCCAGGGUGAUAUGACAAACUAUCUCAAUCUCACUGAUGAGACUGUCAAUAAGACUGGUUUGGCAUGGAACUUCAAGUAUCGAGCCAAUUCCAUCUGGACAGGCUUAUACGCGAAUAUGACUACUAUCAAGAAGGCUGCUAAGCUAGGACAAGAUUAUUUGGCUAAGGAGACUGAGCUUGGUAUUCCCGCCUUUGUUCAGAGUGAAGGUCUCCACGGAGUCUUGAUUUUGAAUGGAACAAUUUUCAAUAGCCCAAUUGGCAUGGGUUGCUCGUUCAACCCAGAGCUUAUCGAGAAGAUGGCCGAUGUCAUUGCAACAGAGUCUCGAGCCGUUGGCAUCAAUCAGUUGUUUUCUCCUCAAGUCGAUCUUGCUCGAGAGUUGCGAUUCGGUCGAGUUGAGGAAUGCUUCAGCGAGGAUCCUUAUUUAGCUGGAGAAAUGGGUUAUCGAUAUGUUAAGGGUCUUCAAGCAGGUGGUGUCUCAGCCAUGGUUAAGCACUAUGCUGCUUUUGCAACCCCAGAGCAAGGUAUCAACACUGGCCCAGUCCACGGUGGUGAGCGAGAGCUGCGGUCUCUCUACCUCCCUCCCUUCAAGCGAGCCAUCAUCGAUGGAGGCGCAACCUCAAUAAUGUCCUCCUACAACUCCUACGAUGGUGUUCCAGUCGUCUCAGACUCUUACCUCCUCACUGAUAUCCUUCGAGAAGAGUGGGGUUAUAAGUACUACGUUAUUUCCGAUGCUGGUGGUACUGCUCGUCUCGCUCAGGCCUUUUACGUCUGCCCUCUCGAGGACGAUGAAUGCAUCACUCUUGAGACUCUUCCCGCUGGUAACGAUGCUGAGAUGGGUGGUGGCUACUGGAGUUUCGAAAUCAUCCCUGAGCUCGUCAAAGCUGGUAAACUUGACGAAAAGGUCGUCGAUACCGCUGUAUCUCGUGUUCUUCGCUCCAAGUUCGAGAUGGGUCUUUUUGAGAAGCCCUUCACUGGUGUCGCAGAUGAUAAGAUUUGGGAUUAUGUCAACACCAAGGCUCACAAGAAGGUUGCACGCCAACUUGAUGCUGAGAGUAUCGUUCUUCUGGAGAACCAUGAGAAUAUUCUGCCUCUGAAGAAAGACGCCAACGUUGCUGUCAUCGGUCCCAUGGCCCACGGCUAUGUCAAUUACGGUGACUAUGUCAUCCACACAGCCAUGACCCGUGGAGUUACUCCCUACGAUGGAAUCAAAGCCGCUAGCAAAGGCAAAGUGACUUUCACUCAAGGUUGCGAGCGCUGGUCUACAGACGAGUCUGGCUUCAAGGAGGCUGUCGCCGCCGCCGAGGCCGCUGAUGUCGCCGUUGUAGUCGUCGGAACAUGGACUCGAGAUCAAAACGAGCUAUGGGGCGGUUUAAACGCCACUACAGGAGAACAUAUAGAUGCGAGUAACUUGAAUCUCAUCGGUGCCAUGCCCAAGCUCGUCAAGGCCAUCAUCGAGACUGGGAAGCCCACCGUUGUGGUGUACAGUUCUGGAAAGCCUAUCACAGAGCCAUGGAUUUCAGAGGAGGCUUCUGCUCUUAUUCAGCAGUUCUAUCAGUCUCAGGAAGGCGGUCAUGCUCUGGCUGAUAUUCUGUAUGGCGACGUCAACCCCUCGGGCAAGCUCUCCGUCAGCUUCCCCUACGAUGUCGGCACCACGCCUAUCUACUACGACCAUCUCAACUCUGCGCGCGCCUGGCCAAACCCUGGUAAGAUUUAUGAGAACGGUACCCUUAAGUUUGGUAGCAACUACGUCCUUGAGAACCCCGAGGCCCUCUACACAUUCGGCUAUGGUUUGUCAUACAGCAAGUUCGAUUUCUCCAAGAUCUCCGUCUCCAAGAAGAACGUCACUGCGACCGACACUGUCACCGUUUCCGUUGACGUAAGCAACAAGUCCAAGCGCGACGGCUCUGAGGUCGUGCAGCUAUAUGUCAAGGACAUGCUUGCCUCUGUCGAUGUUGCGCGAUACCAGCUCAAGGGUUUCAAGAAGGUCGCCGUCAGGGCUGGCAAGACCCAGACCGUCAAGAUUGAUCUCAAGGUUGAGGACUGGGGUCUAUGGAACCGCAAGAUGAAGUAUGUCGUGGAGCCUGGUGAUUUCACUGUCUUUGUAGGAAACUCGAGCGAGAACUUCAAAGGCAACGUGACUGUCACAGUUUCAUAGAUCCGUUUAGAUUAAACGCCAAUCCCGUAACAGGGCAUGUCAAUCUAUUUAUUUAUUUUCCCAAUUGAGUUGAUCAUAUCCUUGCAGUCAUACAGCGUUGCACAGUCUAUUGUGGCGUUGACGUGCCUGGCACCGAGUCAUAAUUGCUUGCAUGACAUGUUGACGUAUUGCAGCUUGGUGACAUUUUGUUGUUGGAGCACCCCCUGGUACGGUCAAUUGACUUAGGAAAGAGUACUUUAGUCCUUUCGAGCAAUCAGUAGCAUGAGUUAAUGAGAUUAGUGUGAUUCAGGUAAAAUAGACUGAGUCAAGCUGCGAAUCUUUAAAGAAUG